GGAGUUGGUAUGCUGGUACGGGAAUACGGCAGUCUCUCUAACCUGGAUAAGUUCUACUUUGCUUUUCCUGGGGAGCUGCUGAUGAGAAUGCUCAAACUCAUCAUUCUGCCAUUAAUCAUAUCGAGCAUGAUCACAGGUGUUGCUGCUUUGGAUUCCAGCAUUUCUGGGAAGAUUGGUUUGCGGGCAAUUAUAUAUUAUUUCUGCACUACUGCCCUUGCUGUGAUUCUAGGGAUUGUGUUAGUUGUGAUUUUUAAGCCCGGAGCAUCUCAAAGAGCAGAAGAGAUAGUGAGAGUGGGCAGUACCCCUGAAGUCACUACUGUUGAUACUUUGCUGGAUCUGAUCAGGAAUAUGUUCCCAGAAAACCUUGUCCAAGCCUGUUUUCAACAGUAUAAAACCAAACGUGAAAAAGUGGAUGUUACAAGUGGCGUGUUAAAAAAUGGCUCCAUGUCUAGAGAAGAUAUUGUGGCGAUUGUCAUGAUGUCCGAGGUUUCAGAGAACAAAACCCAAGAAUAUAAAGUUGUGGGCAUGUAUUCUGAUGGCAUCAAUGUGCUGGGCUUGAUCAUCUUUUGUCUUGUUUUCGGAGUUGUUAUUGGGAAAAUGGGAGAGAAGGGACGAGUGCUGGUGGAUUUUUUCAAUGCACUAAAUGAAGCUACCAUGAGAAUAGUUCAGAUAAUCAUGUGGUAUAUGCCGCUCGGUAUCAUGUUUUUAAUUGCUGGGAAGAUAAUAGAAGUCGAUGACUGGGAGAUCUUUCGUAAACUGGGUCUUUAUAUGGCUACAGUAUUAAGUGGACUUGCAAUCCAUUCCACUGUAAUUCUGCCAUUGAUCUACUUAAUAAUAGUACGGAAAAAUCCUUUUCGGUUUGCCAUGGGGAUGGCUCAAGCACUUCUGACGGCCCUCAUGGUUUCUUCCAGUUCAGCAACUUUGCCUGUCACCUUUCGCUGUGCAGAAGAAAAGAACUUUGUUGACAAAAGAAUUACCAGGUUUGUGCUUCCAGUUGGAGCUACCAUCAACAUGGAUGGCACAGCUCUGUAUGAAGCAGUGGCAGCUAUAUUUAUUGCACAGCUGAAUGACUUAGAAUUGGAUAUUGGCCAAAUAAUUACCAUAAGUGUGACAGCUACGGCAGCCAGCAUCGGAGCUGCGGGCGUGCCGCAGGCCGGGCUCGUCACCAUGGUCAUCGUGCUGAGCGCCGUGGGCCUGCCCGCUGAAGACGUCACCCUCAUCAUUGCUGUAGACUGGCUCCUGGAUCGAUUCAGAACAAUGGUGAAUGUCUUGGGAGAUGCCUUUGGUGCAGGGGUAGUGGAGAAACUCUCCAAGAAGGAGCUGGAGCAGAUGGAUGUCACCUCUGAAGUCAACAUAGUCAAUCCCUUUGCCUUGGAAACAACUACGCUCGAUAAUGAUGAAACAGAGACCAAGAAAUCCUACGUCAAUGGAGGCUUUGCCGUGGAUAAGUCUGACACCAUAUCAUUUACGCAGACAUCUCAGUUCUGAAUCCAGAAGCUUCAGCUGAAGCAGGUGCACUAAAGGACAUGACUAUAUGCAUGAUCUCAAAAAGUUAAGGGGAUAAUUGAGAAUGAAUUACAUCUCAACUGUAUUUGAUUUACUGCACAGACUCUGAUUCCUCUUACCCAUUCACCCCUCUUCCCAUUACCUCUCCCAGCAAUCUGAACUCACCACUUUUGGUCUUUGCUGAUAGAUUGAAGAAAAGAAAAGCUGUAAAAUAUGUUAUUUUUUAAAGAAUAUAUACUAUUGCUGAGGUUACAAAAUGCCUCUUUGGAAUGAGCAUGUUCAUAGAUGGAUAUUGUAGCUGGGGCAGCCAAAUGUGUUUUUCUCAGGAGUAGCACAGCAUUCUACAUCUUACCUACAUUACAAAACACCUAUGUGUAAUCACUUUUAACAUCCUUGCCUUCUAAACAGAUUGCACUGUACCAAACACCUACUAUAACUUAAUUAUGUGCCAAAUUGUUCAUUUCUGCAGCUGAUAGGACACCACGUGGGCACAGUUAUUCAGAAWGUGAUAGACCAGAAAGGCAUUGUAAUAAGUAUUUUAGGAUCUCAGCUUCCAGUUUUCUUUAAUGAUUGUAAAUAUUGCAAAUAAUAGGGCAUGGCAGAGUUUCCCAAGCUUAUAUAGUUAGGUUUCUCCAUGCCCUUCAUCUGAACACCAGCUGUUGGGAAUCAACCUUCAAUUGUGAAAUGAAUUGCUCUUCUUGAAGAGUUUUUGUAAAGUGAAACAUCACCAAUAUAGGUCCACUUUCAUGGCCUUCUGGUACAUUUCCAUCAGAAGCAGAAAAAAAGUUAGUUUACUAUUGUCCACCUUUAACUCUAGCCAAAUAUUAAUCCACUUGAAAGUAGGCAGAGGUCGUGAAGAUGAAAAUAGACUGUACAGUUAGUCAUAGAGCAACCUCUAAAUCUUUCCUUGAUGUGGAAAAAGACUACAAGUUAAUAUAAAGAAUAUAGGAGGCAUGCCUUUUGUUAGAGAAAAAAAGACACUGUCUGAGAUUUUCACACAGUCUGUUGGGUUUUUUGCUCCUUAGUUUAACUCCCCAGAUGAACAUGCAAGUUGGUAGCUGCAACACUACUCUAGUGCCAAUAAAUAUACCAGCUAAGUUGUAUCUCAUUAAGCAUUCUGGACCUGGG